GAGCUCCGCGAUGCCCCGGCGGUCGAGUUGGCCUUCCGCGGCCCGCGCCUGUGGAGGCGGCCCGCGCUCUCGAGCCGGCCGGCGCUGCGGCAGGGGCUGCUGGAGGCGCUGAAGGAGGCGGAGGCCACGCUGGAGGGGCAGCUGCGGCGCCUACUCGAGGACUUCCGGAACGCGGGCCCCAGCCAGAGGCUCCUCGGCUGGAAGAGGUCCCGGGACCGCGAGCGCCACUACAAGCAGAACUGCGUGGGAGUGCUGGACGCCCUCUCCAAGGUCCGCAGGCGCACUCGCGAGCUGCAGGCCUCCACUUGUGACGAACGCCACGACCUCACGCACAUCGCGCAGGCCGGCGAUGUCAGCAAGUGCCUGGCGGAGUGCUGCCAGCUAUCCCUCAAUUCGAUCCCGGAGGCCACCCGCGGCACGGCGGAGCCGCCCGUCGCCGCGGUGCUCCAGCGCGCCAGGUCGUUGCCGCCGCCGGCCACGGGGCGCGUGAGGAGCCCCGAGAGGAACGCCGAGAUCUCCAGGAC